UCAUUCGUAUUUAUUUCUCAAAGCACUUAUUUGUUUUUAUUUAUUAUUUCUUACUCUGCUUUAUUUCAUGAACAUCAGCCUUUAGCUCUUCUCUUCGUCAUGACAACAUGGCAUUCAAAACAGUAAACAUCUGCUUGUCAGUAGCCAUGCGCUUUUUACUCUAUUCUGACAUUUAUCAAUAGUUUUUAUAAACAAUACUCUUUCUAACUGUAAAAAUGUGAUACAGAGAGUUCUUUGCAUCAUUUUUGCCUACAAUCUUAUAUCUCUUUGUCAUUACUCUAUCAAAAUAAUAAAAAACAUCAAUCAAUAUUACGAUAUAAAAUAUCAGGCAUCAAAAAUGUUUGUUUACUUAAGUAAGAAAAUUGCAGUACCAAACAAUUAUCGAUUAAACUGUGUAGCAUGGAGUCAGAAACAUGGAUUUAUCGCAGUCGGUGGUGAUGAUGGGCUCUUAAAAGUUCUCAAAGUUGAUGGUACCUCAUCAUCAACUAAUGCUGUUAGCAGUGGAAAAAAUAGGGCCACAGCAACAUCAAGCAAUUUAAGUAUGAAUCAGACCCUAGAAGGUCACAGUAGUCAUGUCCAAGUUGUGACCUGGAAUGAAGAGUACCAAAAAUUAACAUCUAGCGAUCAAAGUGGAGUCAUAAUAGUCUGGAUGCUCUACAAAGGUUCUUGGUAUGAAGAAAUGAUAAACAACCGUAAUAAGUCUGUUGUCAAAGGCAUGGCUUGGAGUACGGAUGGUCAAAAAAUCUGUAUAGUUUACGAAGAUGGUGCAGUAAUUGUUGGAGCAGUUGAUGGAAAUCGAAUAUGGGGAAAAGAAUUAAAAAACAUUUCUUUAAGUGGAGUCCAAUGGUCUCCAGAUGGAAAACUGUUAUUAUUUGGCUUAAAAAAUGGAGCAGUUCAUCUUUAUGAUAAUCAAGGAGUCUUUUUAAUGAAUUUAAAUAUUAAUUUGCCAACAGGUGUCCCUCAAACAAUUGUUGCGAUGCACUGGUAUAACGGAAAAUGCGGAUAUACUGCGCUAGACAGCCCUACUUUAGCAGUUUGCUAUGAAAGUGGACGACUUUUAUUGAUGAGAGAUAUCAGUGAUGAUCAACCUGUAGUUGUAGAAACUGGAAUCACCAAUGCUUGGUGCUGUUGGAAUAAUUAUGGUUCUGUUUUAGCAGUUACUGGUAUUUUAUCAACAAUAAUCAGUGGAGAAGCUAAAGAUUCUAACAUGAUACAGUUCUACUCUGCUUUCGGAGAGCAACUAAAAACAUUAAAGGUACCUGGAAGAGAAGUUACAGGUUGCUCGUGGGAAGGAGGAUCCCUAAGAGUAGCUUUAUCUGUUGAUUCUCAUAUUUAUUUUGCUAACAUUCGACCUUCAUACAAAUGGACUUACUUCAGUAAUACAGUAGUCUUUACUAAUGAGCGAAUAAUGAAAGAUGGAGUAAGUAUCAUCUUUUGGAACACAAGUAAUAAUACGUGUUGUACAAGAAAUGUAAGAUCAUUGAUUUCUAUAACUUCUUCUGGAGAUCAUUGUACUCUGGCUGUCAGAAAUGAAGAAGGUCGGGGAGAACAAUUUGCUCUAUUAGUUUGUAAUUCAAUUGCUACGCCAGUUGAUACCAAAUACUUGGAUUUGGAUCCACUUUAUAUAGCAAUGACAUCUAUGUUGGUAAUUGUGGCAUCGAAAAAUAAUUUUCUCGUUUGGAGUUUUAGAACACCUAGAAAUACUACUACUAAUCAACAGCGAGGGCGAAGAGAUAAAUUUUAUCAUGUUGAUGACACACCAACUGGAGUUACGGAGGUUAUUCAAGACCUAGAUCGUGAUAGAAGUUUUGAAACUCCAAUGAAUACUAAGGCUACCAUGGAUCCAAUCAGUUCUAUUGCUGCUACUGAUAAAGUCCUCUUAAUAGCUAGAGAGUCUGGGAUGAUUCAAAGAUAUUCAUUACCGCAAAUAACUUUAACGAACCGAUAUACUACAUCAUCAAAGCCUCAGUAUAUUGCAAUUAAUUGUAAUUCAACCCGAGCUUCUGUCAUUGAUUUUUCAGGAGUGCUGACAAUGUUAGAUCUAGAGGGAUACAGAAAUCAGGGAAGUGAUCAAGAAAAUAUUUCUAAAUUUGAAAGAAAGGAUGUUUGGGCAAUGUGUUGGGCUGAAGAUAAUCCUACUUUGAUAGCAAUCAUGGAAAAGACUCGGAUGUACGUGAUCCGAGGUGUAGAUCCUGAAGAACCUAUUUCUUGUUCAGGAUAUAUUUGUUCUUUCGCUGACCUUGAAAUAAGAUGUGUUCUCCUAGAUGAUUUGGUUCAAAAACCUGACGAUACUCGUCCAGAUCUAAUUGUAGAUCUUGAAGUAAAGUCUUUAAGAGACACUAAGGAAUUGUUAGCUAAAGUUGGACUAAAAGAAGCUCAUGAUUUCAUUCAAGAUAACCCCCAUCCAAGACUCUGGCGAUUAUUAGCCGAGUCAGCUUUAAAAGAGAGAGAUCUCGACAUGGCUGAAAAUGCUAUGGUUCGAUGUACAGAUUAUCUGGGCAUUCAGUUUAUUAAAAGACUGCAAGCAAUUCAUAAUGAUCAGUUAAAAAAAGCUGAAGUUGCUGCUUUUCUAGGCAAUUAUGAUGAAGCAGAGAAACUUUACUUAGAAUUAGAUCGUAGAGAUUUAGCAAUUUCAUUACGACAAAAACUUGGAGAUUACUUUAGAGUAAUUCAGCUGAUGAAAAUGGGAAUCGGAGGAUCGGAUAAACAAAUGGAACAAGCAUAUAAUAAGAUAGGCGAUCAUUUUGCAGAAAGACAGAAAUGGGAGAGUGCUAAAGAAUAUUAUGAAAAAGGAAGAAACUUGGAAAAAUUAAUUGAAUGUUAUUAUAAACUUGAAGACUACGAUCGUCUCGCACAUACAGUUGAUCAAUUACCUGAUAAAUCACCAGUUCUGAAGACUGUAGCAAAAAUGCUAGCAUCUGUAGGUAUGUGUCCUCAAGCCGUUGGAGCUUAUAUUAAAUAUGGAGAUAUCAAGCAAGCAGUGGAUACCUGUGUUCGAUUAAAUCAUUGGGAUCAAGCAGUGGAUUUAGCUAAAACUUACAAGAUGGCACAAAUCAAUGAUCUUCUAAAUAAAUACGCCAAUCAUUUAUUAACUAAUGGUAAAAAGCUUCAAGCAAUUGAGUUAUAUAGAAGUGCUAAUUGUUUCCUUCAAGCUGCAAAGUUGCUAAUAAGUCUUGCUGAAGAACAAGCAAAGGCUAAAUUAAAUCCAUUAAGAGUAAAAAAACUUUUUGUUUUAGCAGCUUUAUUAAUUGAAGAUCAUAUCAAUAGCACUCCAGUUAUCAAAGGAGCAAGAAGCAAUAUUGUAAUGGGGUUGACAGAAAGUAAUGAAGAUGCAAGAGUGAUUGAAAAUGCUUGGAGAGGUGCUGAAGCUUAUCACUUUUUAUUAUUAACAAACCGGCAAAUUUAUAAUAAAGAUACUGAUGCUGCUAUGAAGACUGCUCUAAGAUUAAGAGAAUAUGAAGACAUACUGGAUCCUGAAGACAUUUAUUCUCUUCUAGCUUUGUCGAGUGCUACCAAUCAAGCCUUUUCCACAUGCUCCAAAGCUUUCAUCAAGCUAGAAGGUUUAGACAAAAUUCCUGAAUCUAAAAGAGAAGAAUAUGAAGAACUUGCCUUACAAAUUUUCAUGAAAUACACACCGAAGGAUACAAAAAAUAAUAAAUCUGAAUGUGUGAGCUGUGAAAGUCUGGUACCUGACUGGUGUGUAGCUUGUCCCAAUUGUUCGACAAGAUUUCCACCUUGCAUUGCAUCUGGAAGACCCUUGAUGGAUCUUAGCAAUGCUUGGAUUUGCACUGUUUGUCGACAUCAUGUGGCUACUGAAAGAGAUGUUGUUAAUAUUAAUGCCUGUCCACUUUGUCACAGUACAAUAACUUAUAUGUAGACAUUUGAAAUUUUACUGAUUAAAAAAAGUAUUUUUUAUAGUUAUAAUAUUUUUAAGUUUAAAAUAAUGUUGACUGUGAGAAUGUAACUGAAUCCGUCCAAUUAAUAAAAAAAAAG